CUGGUUUGUACUCGCCCUGAUUAUAUUUAUUCCAGGCUGUUUGGCUUCAGUUGCAAGAAUCGCUCGGAGCACAAGGAUGUUGAGAUGAACAAAGAACAGCCAGUACGGCCGCAAGACUCUGAUGGUAGCGGAUCUGUAGUAUCUUUGCAGUCGUCUUCUGAUGAUGACAGGUAUGUUGCAGGGAUGACUGGAAGCGAACCUCUUCAUGAGGAAACAGUUCUGCCAGCAGUUCAUUUCGAUCAUAGUGAAGAGGUCGCAGUUCACAAGAAGACUGUCAGCCAAUCAUCUGAUAGCACACACCGGCAAACAAUCCAAAAUUUUCAACAGAGACUGUAUGCGGAUCGAACAGAAAACACUCUAGAUGAGAUUAUAAACACUAUGAAAAAUCCGAGUGGUGUUAAGGUCUCAUCAAGUCCUGAAACCCCCAAUGAUACUUCAACAGUUGGCAGCAAAACUUUCUCAUCCAUGCAGUCUUACAAUGGAGGUUUCGGAUGGAAGUCAUCGCCCUUACUAAUGAGUGGUCACCAGGGGAAUAAUGGUGAAAAGCAACCUCGGCAGCAGAAAGAUAUAACAAGCCAUUUUGAAGCAGAAAUAGACAAGAUUUGUGAACAACUUAAUGAAGUAGGAGACAACUUGAAAAAUCUUCAUCAUGCACUGCCUGUCAAAAUGCUUGAAGCUGCAAUCCACAAACUACAAGCCAGAUGCAAUGUUUUGGAAAAAACCUGUGAGCAAAUGAAAAACAAGUCAAUAAGACUGGAACAAGCAAACCGUGACCUUGACAAUAGCUGUGGACAACUGAGGAAAAUAAACCAAAAUUUUGAAGUGCGCUGUUUGUAUCUAGAAGAGGUCAACAAGUCAGGUGAAAAUGAGAAAUCUCAGCUUCAUGAGAAUAUUGAAGAUCUUGAGGCCAAGCUUACAGAACUUGCUAAGUGUAAUGAAAAGGCAAUAUUGGCUUGCAAUCACCUUGAAGAAAUUAACCAGAAAACAUCAAAUAAAAACCAGGAAAUUGAAGAAUCAAAGUCACUCCUGGAGUCAAGAUACAAAUCUUGUGUGUCUGAUAAUCAAAAGUUGGAGGUGCAAAUUAAGCAGUAUCAAAACGCUCUUGAGGAAUGUAAAAGAAAACUUGAAGAAUUUGAAGAGAAAAUUGUGACAUCAAAAAGAGAAAAGGAAGCCUUAACUGUGAAGCUGGAAUCAGUACACAAGUUGAACAUGCAAGUCAAGCAGAAAUAUGAUGAUCUUAAGUCUAUGUGCACUGCAAAGGAUGAGUUGAUUGCCAGGCUGGAGAAUGAAAUGAAAGAACUGUCACUGUUUGUGGAAAAAACAAUCAAGGAAAAGAAAGAAUCUGAAGCAAGCAAUAAAAAAGACAAGGACCUCCUUCAAAGCAUCUUGGCGGAUUAUGAUGUUUUAGCCAGAGAUUACCAAGAAGCGAGAGAUGCUUCCAAAGCAAUGCGGAAUAGGCUGGAAUCAUCCGAAUGUGAAAUGGAAGGCCUCAGAGAAACUAUUUCAAAACUAAUCUCUAGAAAUAGCAUGAUAGAUGAUCAGGCAAGGGAACAUGACAAAAGUCAUGUAGAAGCAUCCAAUAUUAAAAGCAAACCAUUCGUUGGAAGAAAGACUUGGGAGCAGUCAACUCCUUUAAAGAAACGACUGCAACAAGCUGAGAGCCAAUUGACUUACUCUGGCUCGGAUCCAGGGAGAGACUACACAAACUCAGACAUGACGAACUGUCAAUCACAUGUCAGUGCUUCAACCACACCAUUACCAGAUGCAAUGAAAGUAGCAACACCUUAUGCUAAGAAGCAGGAUCUGUCAACCAGUGGGUAUGUACUAAUGCCGUAAUUUUUUUCAACCCCAACCCGUCAAAGCAAAAAGAACCAGGCUAAAAGUUUUGCCCCCAAAGAGAGCCCAGACACUGUGGAGUCAGGCCCCUUUACCUCACAACCAGGAAUGGUGGUUAAGAAAACAGAUCUAUUGACGAGGUUUAAUGUAGUGUUUGAAAACAGUCAGUCUGGUGAGGAGAUGAUUCGUACCCACACUGGACGAACCAGACGCUUAUACGGCGAGCCUGCACAAACUGAAACAAGCUUCACCUCUGGAGGGGAUAAUGCGGUCGCCGGUCUUAUUUGUGACUCACCAUUCAGUGUUGGUGGGGAGGGAAAACACGAAGAACCUAAACAAAGAGUGAUGUUUAACGUUCCUGAGAAGGACUUCGGGGCCAAAGGUGAUCAGCUGAUAAGCAAGGACAUGGAGGUGAACAUGGAGGAUAUCCCUGCUAUGUUGGAGAAGAAGCUUUCUACUCUCACUGAAGAACGAAAACGGCUUGAAUCUACCUUGAGCCGAGUUCCCAACAUGCAAAAAAUCUCAAAAAGGACAAAGGAGGACAAGGCAUACCUCGAGAACCGGCUCCAGGAAGUUAUAAAGGAAAUGGGCUUGGUCAGGAAUCAACUCCGAAGACAAUGAAAAUCAAUUCUAAUCCCUUUUCAUUUUCACGAUUUCUUUCGCUGCACAAUUCAAAAACAGUCUCCAGUACGUUAACAAAAGGAUGCCUAUCGUUAUUUACAUUUAUUCCUUAUUUCGUCGGAACCGUGUAUUUAAUUCACAGGAAGUGAAUUCCUAUCAUUUACUUGUCAGGAUUUUUUACGGCUAAUAACAGAUCUUAUCUUAUUUCCCAA